AUGCUGGCUGCGACCUCCCAUGCUGCCGAUGUCUCCAAACUAAGGCAGAGUCUGGAGCAGGCCGAUGAAGAGCUCGGCCGUGUCAAGAAACAACUAGAGGGCAAGCAAGGAGCUACGGGCGAGGUGGAGUCCCUCAAGAAUGCGCUCACCGAGGCCCGGAAGAAAGCAGCGACGGAACUGGCUGCCCGCGAAAAACACGAGGCAGGGGUCGGGGAGGUUCAACAGGAGCUCCAGGAUGCCAUUCUCAAGAGCAAGUUCGAGCGCAAGAGCAUCGGCGUCAUCAAAACCAAGCUACAUUCGCGCAAGCACAAGAACGGCGACGUCUACGCCAACAAGAGGAAGAACGAGCGAGACAACACCAAGAUGAGCAAGAUGCCGAGGCACAACGUCAAGAACAACUACGGCGAGAAGCGCAAGCACUUGAGGCGCAACGUGCACUCCACGACACAAGUCGCGCCGUUGCCGCAUGCAACCGCCAUAGGCGCGAACAAGAAGAAGCACUUUGCGAUGAAGUUCAAGAGAUGA